AUGAGCUGUCCUAUAUGCCUGGAAGACCUUGCAGCCAACGACAUUAUAAGUGAAUUAAAGCCAUGCAACCACAAGUACCAUCUCGUUUGCAUACGGAAGUGGCAACUGGAUUCAAACCAACUGAAAUGUCCCUAUUGUCAGUGUAAAACGGGGAAGAUGAAUCUGAAAUUGAAUAAGCUCAACUCCGUAGUGAGAAUCGUAUACGAUACCAAGAAAUCGAUUGACGACUGUCAAAUUUGUGGUUUAAAAGAUGGUAAGAUCGAGUUUAUAUGCGACGAGUGUGAAUUAGGGUACCAUGAAUCUUGUUUGCACGACGUUUCCAACGACCUGGGAAUGCAGACGACAUGGAGGGAGUGUAUAAACUGUCAGAGUGAAGUGGUACACAGUGAACGUAACAGCAAUAUGCGAAUCAUAGAAUCUUUCAAGAGAUUGUCGCUGCAAGACCAAGAGGAAGAGUUGAAGGAAGUAAAAGUACGUAUACAGAAACACGUCAGAAACGCUUUGAACAACUAUUACGAGGCUAAAAAGAUAACUAGUGAGCAAUUUACGGAGGUUAAUAAACUCGUUUCAAGGCAUUUGUACCAGAUAUCCAACAACAGGUAUGACGAUCAGACGCACCACUAUGAUACGCUCGCAAAGAGUCGAAUCAAGAUGGAACUGCAAAGACUAGGCUACGCACAUGUCUAG